GUGUCUUUCUUGAUCCCUGAAUGUGGCGUGCUACCUGAAGUGCUGAAAAGUACCAUCGCGGAUGUUGGAGAGUACUACCUGGUGAGGAAUUUAUCGGUUCAUGAAUUGGUCACUCAUGAAUUCGUUGAUGCUUUUGUGAAGAAAGGUUCAUGCUAUGCACUUACUUACAACACAAAAAUUGAUCAAGAUAAUACUGCAGCUCUGCUACCAAAUGGGAAACUAAUCCUAUCAGUGGAUAAGGAUACUUAUGAGGAACUUGGACUGCAAGGUCACCCUUCUCGGUAUUCUGGCAAAAAAGUAAUGAGAUACAUUAUAACUAUUGACUUGACUGAUUCCAGCUUUCACCCUGAUAGCAAGAAACAUAACAGAGUGCUUUGGGCUUUGAAAGAAAAGAAACCUUUAGAAUUUGACUUCCUACUGGCUUGGUAUAAUACAG